AUGACACCUCCUAUCGCCAUCACAUUCCAUUUCCCUCCUUCCUCAUCCUCAUCCUCAUCUUCCGCAAUCCCUCCUUCUUCACGUACUCUUUCCAAAAGAAAGAUAGCCAAUAAUUCCCGUAUAUCAACAACACCUUAUAUCACCAUUGAUAAACCAUCCAAAACCAAAACCACCUCAUCGAUACCUACUACUAUCCCUUCGCCUGUCGGUACAUCGUCUGCAACUUCAUCGUCCGAGACCCCUACAUCAGCAUCGACCAUUUCGAAUGGAUCCAAAAGGCGUAAAGGUCCAGUAUACGUGAUCCCACCAUCUAAUGUAAAGUUAGCUUCUUUGACACCACUAUUGAGACCUAUCGUAUCAAGAUGUACCAAUCCGUCCACUUCUUCCGGUACGGGUAUCAACGAGGAGAAUACCUUUUCACCUUCAAGAAAGAGAUCUAAAAAACUAACUCCAAUGACUAUAACACCUUUCUUACAUCCUUAUUCACGUUCAUCCGAUUUAUCAAAUACGAGAUCGUCAAUACCAUCACCAAAGGAAAUCGUCAAAGCUCAAAAAGCAGAAGAAGAAAAAGCUAGAUUGAAGAAAGAGAAUGCAGCGUUAGCAAGAGCUGCUACUAUCGCUAAGAGGAAAUCUGCAAGGAAAUCAGGUAGAACAGGUGGCAUUACAAGUAAAGUAAUGUCGAGGAGGUCAAGUAUGGAAAAUUCGAUCACGAGUAAACCCAAUAGUCCAGAAGAGAUUUCAGAUCUAAAUGGUAUCCCUGUGAUAACGACUCAAUCUGCUUCAGAAGAGAAUUCACCUAUACUCGGAGGAACAGCAGGAGGGGGAAGAUCAACUGGAAUGAAAAGAACGAGGAGUCAAGGUGUUCUGCCUAUAGCUAUAUCCACGAAUAUCCAAAUUUCGGUUCAUGGUUCACCAGUCAUUGGAAGUCCGUUAAAAGAAGUCAUGAGUAGGGAAGGUGACGAAGAAGGAGACGGAGAGCCUAGAAAAAGAUCCAAAUUAGGUAACGAAGAACUAUCAACUAGAAGAGCCAACACGUUAUCACCCAUUGGUACACCUUCUGAUUUACCCGAAGAAGACGAAAGAUUAACUAAAACAGUUCCUUUGUCUUAUGGAAAAGUCUUACCUCCUAAAUAUCCUCAAAGAGCUUCUUCCCAAACCCCGUCUGUUACAACAAACGAAGGAAUAGGAUCGACCCUUCUCAGAAGAUCAGUAUCAAAUUCAACUCCGACAUAUGGUAGAGCAGGAUCAGUAGGAAGUACAGGAAGUGCCAGUGAUAGCGGUAGGAUAAAAAGAGAAACUCAGUUACCAGAGAGAUUGAGAGAUUAUGAAAUGAAAGCUGCUAUAUAA